CUUACAUUCCGACUACCAUGUCCCAAUGGAUUCCCUUCGCCACUGUCACUCAGCAAUCUUCUCAACAGAAUGGCGCAUUGCCCCCAAUGCCUUCGACAUCACAACCUAUUCCACCUGCGCAGCCGACGAAUUUCCCUGAAGCAACAUGUAUCAGUGGAAGCGCUGGCAGCCGCGAGCUCUGGAAUUCGGUAUCGACAUUAUCGGUGAAGACAACAAGACCACCAUCCACCACAAAGUCGCUGCCCACGUAGAGGCCAUCCCAACAUCCGCCUCUCUUCCUCCCAACAUCCAGGCGAACUCCAGAAGAGCCAUGACACUGGCGCAGAACUGCACUCCCUGAGCUCUUCAAUGAAUGACAUUCACGACACGCUCAGUGGCUCGGUCCCAAAACCUACCACACUUCCCCCAAUUGCUCCCUCCCAUGCGUUCACAACAAGCCUCGACCACCUCUGCACCCACACCCGCAUCUGCCGCGCCCGCAAACCCAGAACCCCUGCACCUCCUCCCAUGCGUUCACAACAAGCCUCGACCACCUCUGCACCCACACCCGCAUCUGCCACGCCCGCAAACCCAGAACCCCUGCACCUCCUCCCAUGCAUUCACAACAAGCCUCGACCACCUCUGCACACACCCGCAUCUGUCGCACCCGCAAACCCAGAACCCCUGCACCUCCCCCAGAGCACCCUGGCCUUUCUCCUUCGAGCUCGAGUCAUGCUGACUCAAGUCGUUGCCCACUCUUCGCAGUAUGAUGUGAGUGUCUUGAUCCUCCUUUGAGCUGCGCUCAGAGCUACAUGAGACCCAAACCAGCCUCGCAAGCCACAUCGACAAGGUCCGCGCCCAGCUCCGUUUCGUUUCGUUUGACGGAACGGUUUGCUGAUGCGGCUGAUGUAUUUAGGAUUCGCAUUUACAAUACGCGGGUAUUGAGUCUAUAAUGUUGCAAUACCUAUUUACAGUAGCGAUUGUAUUAUGUAUUUGGAUAGUAUUGCAAUUUAAAAAAAUUGAUUUCAA